CGUACUUCCGGCGGUGGGUCAGGCGGAACAAAGGUUCUGGUAUCGAACUCGUCUCUGCUCCGUGUGGUUCCUCCGCGCUGAAGAUGGGGGAGGCGGACGUGACGCUGAAUCAGACCGAUGAGAAGCCCCCGGACUCGGCGCUGGUCCCCGGGGAGGACUCGGUGGUGUGGAGCCACGAGGUGGAGGUCUGUCUGUUCCACGCGAUGAUCGGACACAAGCCCGUGGGUGUGAACCGUCACUUCCACAUGAUCUGCAUCCGAGACAAGUUCAGUCAAAACAUCGGACGCCAGGUCUCCUCCUCUGUCAUCUGGGACCAUCUGGGGACCAUGUACGACAUGCAGGCUCUGCACGAGUCGGAGAUUUUACCAUUUCCAAACACAGAGAAGAGUUUCUCUCUGCCUGAUGACAUCAUCCAGGAAGUGAAAGAAGGGAAGCUGGGCUCCGAGGAGGAGAGCAGAGAUGAGUUCAGGAUGGAGAGAGAACCUCCAGCGACACAUGAAGAAGGCAGUAACUCGUCGGUGAAGAUGUCCGAGCGAACGAGCAGCAGCCGGGACAAGGAGAGAGAGCGAGACAAGGAGAAAGGAGGGAGCGAAGGAGGGGGAGGUGGAGGAGGAGGAGCGAAGGAGGCGGAGAAGAGGAAGAGGAGCCGUGCGGCUGAGAAACUGCUGUCGUCUUCCAACCCUGCGAGUCCGGGAGGAGUAAAGAGGAGACGCACCUGAGGGACGGACGGAGAGAGAGAGACAGGACAAGGGGGGAGGGGUGAAGGAUGAAAAAUGAACAAGUGAAGACGAAGAAGGUGGCGUCAAACCUGUGAGCUUUGUGUCACGUGACCAUCUGCGGCCCGGUCGCCGUGCCGCCGACAUUAGUGACGUCGUCACGCAGAGAAAAAACAACCAUGAACGCCUGUUCUCGCUCCGUGGCCUCUGAUUGGCUGAUUCAUCGCCCUUCACAGUUUUCCAUCAUGUGAUCAGAGUGGGAGGAAGUGACACGUGUGGACGUCGCAGCUCUUGAUUUUUUUAUUUGUGUUUUUAUUAUAUUGUUGUUUUAGAGAAGAAGAGUUGUUUUAAAGUCAGUUUUGUUUUUUAGUUUCCAUUCGAUUCACUCGAAGCAUUAACUGAAUGGACGUCGUCAGCUGAUGAAAUACAAAGAACGUAAAUCGUCAAAAACAGAGUAAGCAAACGUCAGAGUCGUCUCGACGUGGUUUAAAUUUCACACAAUAAUUAAAUUGCUGAUAAUUCAAACAUUUUAGGUUGAAUAUAAACGUCUGUCGCGCUCUGAAACAUUUUAAUUUGUCCGUGUGUGGUCGGGGUUUACGUCAUGUGAAGGUUGUGACGUCGAUCUGAAGGUCGAUGAAACCUUUGAUUCUCCACGAUGAGCUUCAGCCUCCGAGCGACGUCACAACGUGUUUUUUAUUUCACACUUUCUUCUCGGGUCAGAACCUCGUGCCUACGUUACCCAGUGUGCAGUUCUGCUGUUAUCUUAGUACUGAUGUAUCCUGAAGCUUCUGUCAGACGCCACGUCAUCGACUGAAAAUAAAGAUGGACGACACAUCUCCACUUCCUCUCACUGUCCAGAAAUGAAGCCAAAAUAUCUCAGAAACGAACGCUGCCAUCUUUGGCAAAAAUGUAUUUAACGUUGACUUUUUAUUUUUUUGGUCCGUGUCCCAUCUGCUAACAUGGUGAAGGCAGGGUUAAUGACCUACACUGCUGCCAGCCACCAGGGGGUGUUUAAGGGGAUUUGGCUUCACUUUUAUAGAGCUGUCACGUCGUCCAUCUUUAUUUACACACAUCUCCAGAGAUGCUGAAGUCGCCUGGAGACGAGACGUGUGUGAAUGGCGUCAACAGACUUGUUCACGUCAUCAUCGGUCACAGACCUGAACGCAUAUGGACAGACGUACGACAGACGUACGACAGACGUACGACAGACGUACAACAGACAUACGCGCAAUCAGAGCAACGACACGCCUGAUGUAGCGUUUAGCGAUAGAAAAUGUAUCUUCCAGUUUGUUUGAUACUCUCGUAACAGACCUCCAUAUCGACAGCAGCCAUCUUGGUCGUUCUAGAAAACCGUUGAGUGACGCUCGUCCGUCAGUCAUCGUAUCAAACCCUCAUAGAUAAAUGGUUGUGAUUAGUCUCAGUGAAGAGUUGCUGUUUCUUUCCCUGGGUUUUGUCGGUCUGUGAAGUUGUGGCUGUACCUGCAGACAAAGCUGAGGGCUGAGACGUGUCCUGUCGCCUCCUGUGUUAAAAGCAUCUUUGAAUCUGUUGAGAUUUUCUGGUGGAAUCCGAGCGUCGGUGGAGAAGAUCACAGCAGCUUCAUACAAACAUGUUGAACCUCUGAAGCUUCACGUCAUGAAGAUGUGUGACUGUUCAGUCUGAUGCACGUUGUGUCAGACACCAGAGACGAGUCUCUUCUGUGCAGAUGAAUUCAAGUGUUGACGGAUAUAAACGGCGUCAGUGAGCAGAAGACUCUCUGAUCAAUAUUCUUUAAAAAGCUGAAGGUCUCUUUUUUUUAAACGACAUGUUAUUUAUUGAUGGAUGAUGAGCUCAUACAUGAGUCUGUUUGUGUCAUUAAAGCUGAACUCAGAUCA